AUGAUUCUAAAAAGAGCACUGAAACAGGUAAUCGUAGGAGCAGUGGCACUGACCUAUCUCCAGAAGGCCAGAGGAGCAGUAGACAAAGACAUUUCAAAGAUAAAAGCUUACUGGGCUAAUAAAGUAAUCUGUAUGAGCAAAGAGCUCGAAAUGCGCAACAAUUUUUUUGACGAGGUACAGCCUUUUAUAUCCCAAGAAAAAAAAGCUAAUGUCCUAAAAAAUCGCCUAGAACAGCGAAAAGAGGAUCUGUCCAGCAUAAAAAUAAAUCUGCUAUUCCUCAGUGAAACAGUGGAGAAAAUACAAAAAACAGCUGACGAGUUUAUGGAAUUGGACAAAACAGAAGAUUCAUCUUUAUGCUGGAUGGAGAUCAGUAGCUUUAAACCGAAAACUGAUGAAAUAAAAACAGUGUAUGGCACCCUACUGAAUAUGCUUCCAAUAGCUCUUAGACAAUGCGAUACAGCAGCUAAAGAAAUAAAAAGCUUUGAUUCUAACAUGAUGGAGACAAUAUACGAAUUUCGUAGGAUAAAGAAAAUGCCAGGCAACUUGAACGACCUAGAUCUGUUUAAUCUGGCAGAUAACAACAAGCCACUGGCCAUCAGCAUAAUAUAUUCUCUAUUUAGGACAGAGCCAUAUGAGCAGGGCGCUGAUACAGAAAAUGCACUGGCCAAAAUGAAUAGCAGAGCAAACACCUACCAGUUUGCCCUGGAUUUCGCAGGGUACACGCAGGCGAUAAGGAAGAGUGUGGAAGAGGGCGACGGAAAUCUUCUAGAAUUAGCUAGCAAACAUUUCCCUCUGUUGUUCAAAGCGUACAGCAUCAAUGAAGAGAUAAUGAGCAUCUAUAUGGAUCUAGUGAAAGAAGAUCUCUCUAAAAACAAAAUAAGAAAAUACAAGAGCAUCACGCCUGAGCAGAUCAUAAAGGUGCUAAUGGUAGAAUGCGCGAUGAACGGACGCCUUAUGGACUACAGACAAAACAAUGUGUUUUUCAAUCUUGGAAGAAUAAUCAUGAACAUAGGCACGCCAGCUGAUGACAGCACAGACGUUCAAAAAGACCUAAAAGCGGCCAAGGAGAAACAAAACGAGAUACUUAAUGUCCUGCACAUUCUGUGGAAUGCGGCUGAUGCGUUCCACAUGGAAAUACAAGAAAAAAACAUUGACUUUUUCUGUAAGCAGAACAAUGUAAGCGCUAUUGAGUUUAAAAACUUGCAGAACAGUUUCAUCGCUGCCAGAUGGAUGUACAAGCUCUAUUUGUUCAAGCCCUUACCAGAAAAAUUAACAAGUAAAGAUGCAGUAUACAGAAAGGUGCACUUCGACAUGUCUUACAUCCAUCCCAUAUGCUACAUAUACCAGCGAUGCAUGGACAUUGACCAUUUAGCCGGUACAGAUGCAAAUCCUAGUGAAGAGCCCUUCAUAAAAAGCCAUUCGCAAGGCUUUAUUGUCAUUAGACCACACAAGGUAAGCAAAAAAGACAACAAUUCAGUGCGGAUAAAAAACGUGAAAGACUGCAUCAGACAAUGGUUCUUUUGCCCAAGAAUUAAAAUUGUCGUCAAAGGUGAAGAGUGUGAGCAGUAUUACAACAUACUCCAAGAUUUCAGAUGGUAUAUGGAUAAGUCUCAGUACAUGUUUUCUAAAGUAGAAAAGAAGGAAAAAACUGAAGAAAGAGCUGAAACUGAAAGAAACCCACUGCAGGAUGGCCAAACGGAAAUUGAGAAAGACGGGUUUGUGCUAGUUAAUUAG